AUGACCCAGGAACCUCUCACCAUUGAGGUCGAUUGCCAUUUGAAGGAUGAAGUUGUCGGGAAAGGACUGUUUUGGCUCAAAUAUGACUGCAGGUUAUCAAAGGAACUCAUUCCGCUGGAGUUGGAAUGGACCCCUAUCAUCGGUCAACUACGACACGUGUCCGUGGGGCCUGCGGGGGUCUGGGGUGUUCAGACUAAUGGCAAUGUGUUCUACAGGAAUUUCACGAGAGGCAAUGACGGAUCUCAGGGGGUCGGGGAGUGGGUUCUCGUCAUGCAACCCGGCAAGCAGCCGCUAGUGCAACCCCUAAGGAAUAUCGACGUCGGUACGUUUACCGUCUGGGGGGUAAACUCUGACGGGACUGUGUUUAUAAGGGUGGGAAUCGAUGCUUACAAUCCCAUAGGGUGCGACUGGGUAGAAGUGCCGAGAAAGAUGAAGCAAGUUAGCAUCAGUCCCAAGGGUCACGUAUGGGCCACGGACGGCAUUAACUGUGUGUACCGACGUGUGGGGGUCACCAUCGACAACAACAUGGGUACCGCCUGGGAGAAAAUCAACGGAAGUCUCCAGCAGAUCACAGUGGGGAGCGCUGGAGUGUGGGGAGUGAACGGGUUAGGCGAAGUGUUCUACCGAGAGGGCACCUACAACGAUCCGGACAAUGCUGGAACAUCCUGGACCUUGUUACCUGAAAAAAGAUUUGUGGAGGUGUCCUCCGGCGAAGGAAAACUCUGGGGAACUGACGAAAAUGAAGACGUGUUUUACAGAGCUGGGUUAUCGUUCACCACACCAACUGGCCUGAAGUGGGUGAAACUAGAUGGGAGGAUGCGUCAAAUUGACGUCUGGUUCGGAAGCGCAUGGGGGACAGGGAAUAUCACGGUGCCGAACAUUUUCGGACGGCUGACGUCGGAACAGCUGGACACAAAUGUCAAUCGCAUUUAA